AUGUUGGAGAACAUGUCCAGGAGUAACCGAACCCUCUUGUCCCUGGGCCUCACCUCUUUAGCCCUCACCCUCUCUGUCUGGGCCUUCUGCACCUCCUACUGGUGUGAAGGGACACACAAGGUGGUGAAGCCGGUCUGCAUGUCAGCAGUUAAGAUGAAAAACUGUGGGAAGAACAACAGCCAGCCAUACACCACAGAGGCCCCCACUCCAGACCCCAACAACCCAACCUCCAACGUGACGCUGUCUCCGCAGCAGAAGGAAGAACUGGCCCAGAUAAGGAAGAGGCAGCUGGCCAACGCCGUCCAGUACAUCUGGGAGACGGGCGAGGACAAGUACAUGCUGAGAUACUUCCACACCGGCUUCUGGCUCUCCUGUGAGAAACACAACGAAGGUGACGAUCAGGAAGAAAAGUGUCGCAGCUUCAUUGAAUUGACACCAGGAGAGACGCAAGGCGUGCUGUGGCUGUCUGUCAUCAGUGAGUUCAUGUACAUCGGUCUCUUGGCGAUGGGUUUCCUGCUGAUGUGUGUGGAAGCGAUGUGCCUCUGUGCCAAGAGGGAAAUGAGCUCCCUGAAGAUCAACGCCUUCGCCGCCAUGUGCACUGUCCUGUCAGGCAUGAUGGGGAUGGUGGCACACAUGAUGUACACCACAGUGUUUCAAAUGACUGUGAGCAUUGGGCCUAAAGACUGGAGGCCACAGUCCUGGGACUACGGAUGGUCUUUUGCCCUGGCAUGGCUUUCAUUCAGUUGUUGCAUGGCAGCCGCUGUGGCAACGCUCAACUCCUACACCAAAACCAUCAUUGAGAUGAAGCACCGAGCCAGGAUGAGGUUGGAAGAGGCCCGAGCUAUCACCAGUGCCCCCUCCUACGAGGAGGUUGUCCAAGCUGGAGGAGGAGGGCUUUACUCAGUCAGCCAGCUGAUUCAGCUCGGCCAGCAUGGGGCUCUCAUGGAUCCACUGUGGCCUAGAGGAGUAGGACCAGCCGUUGGACCUCUGACAUGCAGAGGGAUGGUUGACCCACAUGGCAUGGUAGUGGUAGAGGGAUGUGGCACUGAAGGAUGUGAAGAGUGUGAACGGGAGAUGGAUGAGAUUGAUUACGCUCUGCAGGAGGAAGGAGAGGAUUCACUCUGUUAAGACUUUUCGCUCUAAAAUCACAAGACUUGCACAAACCUUCAAAGAUCUUCAUUAGUUGUUGUAAAUAUGAGCCAAAAAUGAAAACAUUUAAACUCUUUUCAGGAAUGCAGAAGUUAGUGGUAUCAUUUGGUUUCAUGAAAGAAAUAAGCUAAACCAGGUAAAUGAACUAAAUUAUUUAUUAGAUCAAGAAUAACAACUGAAAUAUUGUAUAAUGUACCUUGUAAGCUGUCUUUGGAAAUGAGGGAAAAAGGCAGAAGCGAAGUCAAAGAAUGAGAAACUGGAGAUCUUCCACCAUUUUCCAAGCUCAGAUAUCUCAAGUUUCCCCGUGGUCAGUGAACGCAGCAUUAGAUAAAGCAGCUGAAGAGUCUCCUUGU